AUGUUCUUGGUGGAUUGGUUCUACGGCGUGCUUGCUUCGCUUGGUCUAUGGCAGAAGGAGGCGAAGAUCUUGUUUCUAGGUCUCGACAAUGCCGGCAAAACCACCUUGCUUCACAUGUUGAAGGACGAGGUUCGUUUCUCCCUUCCCUCUCUUCUUGCGUCCUUCUUCGAUCCUGUUCUAGCUUCAGCUAUCGAAUCGAUCCAAUUCGUUGAUGCUGUGGUCUACCUAGUGGAUGCUUAUGACAAGGAGAGAUUUGCAGAAUCGAAAAAGGAGCUCGAUGCACUCCUCUCGGACGAAUCUCUAGCCACUGUCCCGUUCCUCAUCCUAGGAAACAAGAUCGACAUACCAUACGCUGCAUCUGAGGACGAGCUUCGAUUCCACCUUGGUCUCUCCAACUUCACCACUGGUAAAGGCAAAGUGAAUCUGACCGAUUCGAAUGUGAGACCAUUGGAGGUGUUCAUGUGCAGCAUUGUUAGGAAAAUGGGAUAUGGUGAAGGCUUCAAGUGGCUCUCUCAAUACAUCAAAUAG